AUGGCAGCAGUGAAAGAAAAACCAAAAUUAAGCUUCAUCGAAAAUUUUGCACUCAGUGGUGUUGCUGCUGUUGUUUCAAAAACAGCAGCUGCACCUAUUGAACGUGUAAAAUUGCUUGUUCAAAAUCAAGGUGAGAUGCUUAAACAAGGUUUAAUUACCAAACCAUACAACGGUGUCGUCGAUUGUACUAUGCGAACCUUCCGAAGUGAAGGUGGAAUGGCAUUCUGGCGGGGCAACUUAGCAAACUGCAUUCGAUAUUUUCCCACCCAAGCUUUGAACUUUGCUUUCAAAGAUCAAAUCA